AGAGGACAUAAGGCGAUGUAAGAGACGAGCUGAAGAGGGGGAGGGCUAAAAAGAAAAAAAAUAAUCUUUUUAUGUCUUUUAAAAACCAAGGCAACCGAGCAGUCGGAAUACGUGCUCACAUGUGUAUUCAUGCAGCAGAGACAAAGGAGUCGUUUCACCAGUGUCUCUGGAGAACGGGAACACAAGUGACGGGCACAGGGAGCUGGCAGAUUGAGGAAUGCAGGAACUGGUAAGCCACAGGUGCCAAUCACAUCAAAUAUAUCACAGCGAGCAGUGAAGUCGGAGACAUCCAUUCUGCAGAAGACAAGUUCACUUCUGGCAGCACGCCUGAGAGUAUUUGGCUGGUGUCUCAAUACUGUGCUCAUCCAGAACACUAGAAUGGUGAUCACUGUCCAGAACGUCACUGCUAACACAGCCAUGGUCAUCUGGCCAACAAUCCCAAGCUGUGCAGACAGCUUCUACAGCAUCAUGUACCAGUCUAACUGGAACACAAUGAUGUCCAGAUACUCAAGAGAACACUUUCAAAGACAAGAGAGGAUUCCAGCUAGCCGGACAUUCUAUAUUGUAGAAAACCUCACCCCACUCACAACAUAUAUCCUGUGUGUGACCUGUCAGUCUGCCAAUCCCUCCAGUGACCAAUGCAAGAUCUUCCAUACUUCAGCACAAGAUCCAUCCUCAGUCAACAGCAAGAAAAAAGAUCUGGCUUUAGGCAUCUGGCUCACCAGCAGCAUCAUACUCCUUAUAAUAGCCUGCAUCCUCCUCUACGGGUGCCUGCAUAUAUGGUGGCGCAAACGUCAAGAGCGCGCAAGAGCAGACAAUGUAGAGGGCAAUGACAGAGACAAGAGGCAAGUCUGGGUAAAAGGUGAAAAGUCAGAUGAGAACUAUGAAAAGUCAGGACUGCUACCUGUGAAUGAGGAUAACAAGAGAGAAGAUACAGGCACAGACGGGAGCCAUGUGGCCCCUAUGGUCAUAGAUCCAUUAACUGCUGAUGAAACUGAUAGCCUUACUCAGAAGGAUCAUGAAGAAGUAACUAUACAACCAACUGCAGAGAACUGAUCUUCUACCAGCAAAGUAUACCAUCCAUUAAUCAUAUAGAGCAAUGCAUGCCAGUAUAUAUACUAAGUAAGGAAGAUUAUUAUGUUAUGUUCUGAUAGCUAUUCUGUUUUACUGUAAAAUUUACACUGGUAUAUAUUAUAUAUUGUCUACAGGUCUGAAAUGUACAUACUUACAAGGAACUACAUUAAAAAUACAGAGCGAACUUGUGGUUUCAACUUCGGCGUACAAGGUUCGGGUUAUCUAAGAAUUCCAAUAUGGAUUCCGAUACCACGGACCAUAAGUUAUAAUGGAAUUGUUAGAGAACCCGAACCUUGUACGCCGAACUUGGAACCACAAGUUCGCUCAACACUAAUCCUAAAACAAAGAGCCAAUGUCCAAAUACAAACGAAAGAUAGUCCCAAAACCAAAGUCACCAUUACCUCUCAUGGUGGAAACGCUGAUCGUACAAGGACAAGGCGUCACAGGUG